AUGAUCGAGCGAAUCCUGGAGCAAGCGCCGGCCAUACGCAGAUUGUUCGCCGAGGACCGUGCACAUUCCCAUCUACUGCCGACGUGGCAGGAUAUCAGCGUUCUGGAGGCAGUAAACAAGGCCCUGAAACCUGUGGCUGCCUUCACCGACAUUAUGUCCGGUGAGGAGUACGUCACUGUUUCAUCACUGGUCCCUAUGCUUCACCAUCUUCAGACCAAUGUACUACAGGACGAUGAGGCUGAUGCUGAGCUAACCGCAGACAUCAAGAGAUCAAUCAUGAGAAAGAUGGACUCUCUCUACGACCGCGAAAAGACACAAGAGUUGCUUCAUGUGGCCACCCUUCUUGAUCCGCGCUACCGUGCCGACAACUUCAAAGAGGACCGCCUCCAGUCAACAAAGGCCACGGUCGUAGAUGAGAUUACAGAGCAAGCCGCACCGGCACCAGCACCUGACGUCAUGGAGCAACAACAGGAAGACCAACCAGUGAUCGCCCCUAAUCCACCACCACAGAAGCGGAAACUAACCCUGGGUAAUGUACUGGGGAAGAAAAGACGCUCAGAGGACCCGACCACGCCCAUAGACCAGCGGGCAAAUGUAGAACUUGAGCGGUACCUGUCCAUGGUUUUGGAUGAUGUAGACGGAGAAACGGAUCCCCUUAUGUGGUGGCGCGACCAUCAACGGUCAUUUCCACUUCUGGCCAAGCUAAGCAGGAAAUACUUAUGCAUUUGCGCUACCAGCUCCCCCUCCGAACGACUGUUUAGUACCGCGGGACAUGUUGUCUCACCACAACGAUCCCUUCUAAAACCGGACAAAGUCAACAUGCUGGUGUUUUUGGCAAAGAACUUGUAA